UGCGCACUUAUGUAAAUGUUUACUGAAAUAGUUCGAUUGAUAAAAAUCACAGGAAACUAAAUUCUUUCUUUCAGUUUAAUCCGUUGCAAACCUUAUUGAAACAUUUUAAGGGUGCUACUUUGUUUUUAGUACAUAUAUAGUGAGGAAUAUAUUGAUUUAAACCACAACUAGAAGUUUAAAUAUCUUAUAUUUUACGAUAGUAAAUUGUAGAAAAUGCAGAUUCAUUUGAUUUUGGCUGUACUUACAGCAGUUAUUUGCUGCUUGCUUUUGAAAGCUUCUUGUUUGCCAUUGAAUUCUCCAAAUGAUUGCGAUUGUUCGAAUACUGGCUCCUCAAAUAGCAGAGAAAAUCAAAGAAAUGAAGAAUGUCAUUGCGAUGCCGAAGAAGAAGAUGACUCAGAUGAUGAGGAAAAUCGGGUAAAUGAAGGCGCUAAAGAAGCUUCAGAUCAAAGUAAAGAAGCAAAUAUAGUAGAUAGUAUGCUGAAAAUCGAUAAAGGAAGCAAUGAUGAAAAAGAAGAUAGCACUGACGGUAAAGAAGAUAAAAGCAAAAAUGAUGAUGACGAUAAAGAAGAAAUGACUGAAGACAAAGGUGAUAGGGAGGAAAUGACUGAAGACAAAGACGAUAAAGAAGAUAAUAAUGAAGACAAAGACAAGAAAGAAGAUAAUAAUGAAGACAAAGACGAUAAAGAAGAUAAUAAUGAGGAGAAAAACAAUAAAGAAGAUAAUAAUGAAGACAAAGACGAUAAAGAAGAAAAAACAGAAGACAAAGAUGGUAAAGAAAAGAUGUCUGAGGAAAGAGAGGAAAAGAAAGAAAUGACUGAAAAUAAAGAUACAGACGAAGGAAAAGGUGAAAGCGAAGAUAAUUCAAAACAUGAGGAAACUGAAACUUCUUCGCCGGAUGAUAAAGAUGAAAAACAUUCUUUGGCUGAUGAAAUAUGUGAAUUUGUCAAAUCUAUAACUAAUUUAGUUGUCACUGCAGCUAAGAAAAUUCAUUCUCACAAAUCAUCUACCUUGUUGAUGUUUUUAAUAUCCUCAUCAUCCUUCCCGACAUCCCCUCCGAGUGAUGAAGACAUUGAUGAAGAAUAUUACUCCUCCCCCUGUGGAAAAUUUGACGGUGAUGGUGAAUACGACAUUAUUAUUGAUGAAAAUGUGAUAGAUGAUUCUGAUGAGAGCUAUGAGGACAUGAACAUAUCGGAUAGUGAAAUAGAUGAAGAUGAUCCCACUAAUAUGGAUAAUACUUUGUUGAUGCUUUUAACUCCCUCAUCUUCAUCUCUUCCGAGUCAUCAAGACAGUGGUGAAGAUCAGUACUCCUCCUCCUGUAGAAAAUUUGACGGUGAUAGGGAUUGUGACACUAUUAUUGAUGAAAAUGUGAUUAACGAUUCUGAUAACAGUUGUGAGGAUAUAUCGGAAAGUGAAACAAACAAAGAUGAUCAUGAAGAUAUGGAUGACAUAAUAAAGUUUGUUUCAAUAGUUGCAAUUUGUGUCUACCUAGCUGCUUCAGUAGUAAACAGUCAAUCGACAGAAGAACCAGAUGUAACAAUACUGUGCCCGUGUGAUGCAGAUGAUGAAGCAUGCUUCAACGAUUGUAUGAAAGAUUACGCCUUAACAGACUGUCUAUGUGAAGAAAAUGAUGAAGCUUGCAGGGAAAAAUGCCUGGAAUAUGAAAUGGGUAGUGGAAAUUUUAGUAGUUCUGAAGAAGGUAGUUCAGAUGAAGGUAGUUCAGACGAAAGUAGUUCAGACGAAAGUGGUUCCGAAGAAAUUAGUCUCAGCCAAGAAAACGGAUCAAAUCGCCGUAAAAGACAAACUAGUAAUCAGAGAGGUCAACAAGGUCAAGGAGGAGAUCAGCAAGGCCGAGGAGGAAGUCAGCAAGGACAGAGAGACGGACAGCAAGGCCAAGGAGGAGGACAGCAUGGUCAAAGAGGAGGUCAACGAGGGCAGUCAGGUGGGCAAAAGGUCAAAACUCUAUUGAUUUUGAUUCUCUGGGCUUUUUGUUAUAUUAAUGUGUUUUGCCGUCCAACUGAAAACUGUAACUGUUCAAAUAAAAUAUCAAAUAUUAAUUCUAAUGAGGAUGUAUGCCAAUGUGGAGGUUUAUCUAGUAACAGUAAUCAAACGGAUGAUAGCAGUGAAAGUGGUCGAUAUGAACUUGAUGGAAGUAUAAAUAAACUGGAUGAUGAAAAGGAUAACAAUGAAGACAUAAAGGAGGGCGAUAAGGUAGAUGAUCUUAAAGAUAAUGAAACAGGAGAUUCAAAAAAUGAUGACGAGAAGAUCAACUCUAAUGACUCAGGCGAAAGAAUUAAAAAGGAUAUAAGUGAUGAUAACGAAAGAAGCCAAGAGGAUAAAAGUGACGAUAAUGAAAGUAGUCAAGAGGAUAAAAGUGAAGAUAAUGAAAGUAGUCAAGAGGAUAAAAGUGAUGAUAACGAAAGUAGUCAAGAGCUUAAAAGUGAUGAAGACGAAAAUAAUGAAGAGGAUAAAAGUGAUGAUAAUGAAAGUAGUCAAGAGGAUAAAAGUGACGAUAAUGAAAGUAGUCAAGAGGAUAAAAGUGAUGAUAACGAAAGUAGUCAAGAGGAAAAAAGUGAUGAUGACGAAAGUAGUCAAGAGGAAAAAAGUGAUGAUAACGAAAAUAAUGAAGAGGAUAAAAGUGAUGAUAAUGAAAGUAGUCAAGAGGAAAAAAGUGAUGAUAACGAAAGUAGUCAAGAGGAAAAAAGUUAUACUAACGACAGCAGCCAAGAGCAUAAAAAUAAUGGUGACAAAAGUAGUCAAGAGAAUAAAAAGGAAAUGAAAGUGAGGAGAGAAAAGUUUUACUUAUAUAUCCACCAAAAGAAAAUAAUUGCUUAGUUAUAAUCGAUAUACGUAAUCUUGUUAUUUAUUCGUUUUAAUACUAUAAAAAAAAUUUAUUUUAUUUAGAGUUAUACUAAAAGUAAUACAUCAAUUUAUUAUUCAGCAUUGAUCUAUCAUUUUAUAUCAGAAAGAGUAGAUUGAGAGAGACGAAGUAUAUGAUUUUAAUAAACAAAAGCGCUAUUUUGAAAAAA